AUGAUUGUCGUGGCCGCCGUCGGCGUCGCCGCCAACGCCGCGCUGCUCGUCGCGCUCUGCACAGGUGGCGGAGCGCGGCUGCGGAACCUGCUGCACGUGCACGCCUGCGUGGCAGACCUGCUGGUUUGUGGCGUGGCGGCGCCGCUUGCAGCCUGGGAGUCCCGGUGGUGGCUGCAUGACCCUUCAGCCGCCGCUGCUGCUGACCUACCUCCACCACUGGUGCGGCGAGCCGUUGCCUUCGCUCAGGGCGUGCCGGUGGCGGCAAGCACGCUGCUGCUGGCGCUGCUGGCGGCGGACCGGCUGGCGGCGGUGCGUCGGCCGCGGCUGUACGCGGCGUGGCGGCGGCUGGGGGCGCGCGUCGCGGCCGCAGCCUGGUUGGCCGCCGCCGCCCGCGGGGAGGUGCCGCUGCCCAUGCCGCUGCUCUGCAGGCCCCGGCACGUCAUUAUCGUCGCCUCCGUCGCCAACGACGCGCCCUCCAAGGUGAUCCCAUUCGUGCGCGGCGACACGAUGAUGCGGCGGGUGGCGGGUGACGACUCGGACUCGGAGGACGACUCCCGCAUCCAGGCGGACCUGGCGGACCUGCGGAGGAGCAGCCGGCGCCGGGGGCGGGACGGGGGCGGCGGGGGCCGCGGGGGGCAGGGCCACAACCACAGCGCCUCUCCGUCGGGGCCCGCGCGACGCCCCAUGCGGCCGCCGCCGCUGCUCGCCAGGCCGCAGUCCCUGCGCAGCCGGAGACGCCUAGCGCGCAUGCUGGCGGCGCAGCUGGCGCUGUUUGCGGGUUGCUGGCUACCGCACGCGGCGGCGGCAGCAGUGGCGGCGGCGCAGCUGGGGACUCCAGGGGUGGCGGCGGGGGCGGCGCGUCGGCUGCUGCUACUGGGUCACGCGCACUCGGCGGCGGCGCCGCUGCUCUACUGGGCGCUGAACCGGCGCGCGCUCGCCUGCGGCCACUGGGCGCCCAGGCUGCGCGCCGGCAGAACCCAGCAGCCGCCGCCGCCAUCCUCCACCAACGAGGCUGCGCUCGGGCCCUUCCACCCGCGCUUCAUCACGCCCAGGCCGCAGCCGCGCUGCGAGACCUCGCACUUCCUGCGAUAG